AUGCAGGUUUUGCAUCAUGCUGCUCUCUCGCUACUUCUACCGUCUUCCUUCACACGACUUCAUGGACGGCUUUCCGACGAGUCUGUACCAGAUCAGUCUCCGCUUGUGCUUGCCGAGACUGAUUCUUACCCAAUUUGCACUGGUCAAACUGGUCAUACUGGUGACACUGGUGACACUGGCCAUGCCGCAACGAUCCUCGAGCUCCAGAGACGCGAUUUUUUCGGGUUGCCGUUCAUCUUCACAAACAUCGCAAUCGGCACCCCUCCACAGCCUUUCAUGCUAUUUGUCGACUUGACCUUCGGUGGUCUCGCCGUUCGCUCCGUUGACUGCCAGCAAUGCGGCCGUCAUGUUGCUUUCGACCGCACCGCUUCCGUGUCUUGUGAGAGCAUGGACCAUCGGUUCAGCCUUUUUCUUGACGGUCACACUGCACAGGGCGCAAUGCUGAAGGAUGACCUUCACCUAGGCGAGUCCUCACUCAGGAACGCAACGUUUGGAGCAGCAGAUACCUUCUACGGAGAGAACAUGAUGUUGUUGAUCUUGGCUGAUAUGAGCGAUGGUGCAUUAGGCCUUGCGCCCCCAAACGCCACGUCGUCUUCAUACUCUGACGGGUGGCACCGCGGCUUACAGUCCCAUCAGAACUUCAUGCACGAACUGGUUUCGCCCGGUCUGCUGGAGGACAAAACCAUGUUCUUGAGCCUUCCAAAAACACCAGACGCUGUCGGAACGCUUGUUUUUGGAGCAAGAUAUAGGCCUCUGAACUUCUGGAUACCUUUGAGCAAACGCCAAAAGCUGUCGCUUAUAGAAGGGACUUGGGCAGUCGAUUUGGGUCACGUCGUCCUCCGGGGUUAUCCACAACCUUUCGAAGCCCGGGUUGAUCUGAUUGCAGCCCUGACAUUGUCGCCCGAUUUCGUUAUGACACUUCCUGAUGAAAUUGCACGGGCGAUCUACGACUACCUGGGCGCAGUUGUCAAUGAAGACUUUGAAGGCGGCGUUAUUCCAUGCCAAGUUCGGCAGACUUUGCCAGAGCUUACCCUCAUGUUUGGCGGGCAGAAUAAAAGUCUGGUUCUUGACUGGAAAGACUAUACUCGUGUGCUGACUUCGGGGAACGAACGAGUAUGUGUUGUAGCAAUUCAUAGGCAAGAGUGGGAUACCACAAGCGCUGUUAUGGGGUUGUGGCUAUUUCAGCGGUUCGAUGUCCUUUUCGACAUGGACCACAACCGUGUUGGGCUCCGCGAGCUUGAAAAGAGAGGGAGAAUUGCUUCAAAACCAAGUAGACUGCCCAGACAUGGCAACGUCGUUGUCCCAGCGACCUUACACGUGUACUUGACUACAUAG